GAUAGAAAAAUCCCCAAAAAAUGAGUAUAUGAGCGGCCCUAUUUUUUCCUUCCAAGGGAUAUAACACUAUUAUCCCCUUUCUCCUCAUUUCUUUCAAAUCCCAAUUCUCACUCACUCUAUCCUUAACUCUCUUUUCUCUCCCAACUUCAAUUUCCGGCCAUGGCUUCAAUUUCAGCAGCCACCGCCACCUCCUCUACUAAGCUUGUAUCCUCCAACACCACCAAUCCUCUUCUUCCUUCCUCCACUAAACCCUCUAAGCUUAUCCUAUCCUCUUCCUUUACCCCUAAUUGUUCCACUCUUUUCCUCCACUCACCCGCCACCCCUUCUUCUACUUCCACCCACCGCCACCGCCGUUUUACUGUUCGCGCCGCCCGUGGCAAAUUCGAGCGGAAAAAACCCCAUGUCAAUAUCGGUACUAUUGGCCAUGUUGACCAUGGAAAGACUACUCUAACCGCUGCUUUAACCAUGGCUCUUGCUUCUAUGGGAAACUCCGCCCCUAAGAAAUAUGACGAAAUUGAUGCUGCCCCAGAAGAGCGUGCUCGUGGUAUUACUAUUAACACUGCUACUGUUGAGUACGAGACUGAAAACCGUCAUUACGCCCAUGUGGAUUGCCCCGGUCACGCUGAUUAUGUCAAGAAUAUGAUUACUGGUGCUGCCCAAAUGGACGGUGCUAUCCUUGUUUGUUCAGGUGCUGAUGGGCCCAUGCCACAGACUAAGGAACACAUUUUGCUUGCUAAGCAAGUGGGUGUCCCUAACAUGGUUGUGUUCUUGAACAAACAAGAUCAGGUUGAUGAUGAGGAGCUGCUUCAGCUUGUUGAGUUGGAGGUAAGAGAGUUAUUGUCAAGUUAUGAGUUCCCUGGUGAUGAUAUUCCUAUUAUUUCUGGCUCUGCUCUUUUGGCUUUAGAGGCUUUGAUGGCUAAUCCUAGUAUUAAGAGAGGUGAAAAUCAAUGGGUUGAUAAGAUAUAUGAGUUGAUGGACGCUGUUGAUAGUUAUAUUCCUAUUCCAGUUAGGCAAACUGAAUUGCCUUUCUUGAUGGCUAUUGAAGAUGUGUUUUCAAUUACUGGUAGAGGUACUGUGGCGACGGGGAGGGUAGAGAGAGGGACUGUUAGGAUUGGAGACACUGUUGAUAUUGUAGGUUUGAAGGACACUAGGAGUACUACCGUGACAGGUGUUGAGAUGUUUCAAAAGAUUUUGGAUGAAGCAAUGGCUGGAGACAAUGUGGGGUUGUUGUUGAGAGGUAUUCAAAAGAUUGAUAUUCAGAGAGGAAUGGUGUUGGCAAAACCCGGAACAAUUACCCCUCACACCAAGUUUGAAGCUAUUGUGUAUGUGUUGAAGAAGGAGGAGGGUGGUAGGCAUUCCCCCUUCUUUUCGGGGUACAGGCCUCAGUUUUACAUGAGGACUACCGAUGUGACUGGAAAGGUUACUUCCAUUACGACUGAUAAAGGAGAGGAAUCUAAGAUGGUCAUGCCUGGUGAUCGUGUGAACUUGGUGGUUGAGCUCAUUAUGCCGGUGGCUUGUGAGCAAGGGAUGAGAUUUGCCAUCAGGGAAGGAGGAAAGACUGUUGGAGCUGGUGUCAUUCAAAAAAUUAUCGAGUGAUCAACCAAUAGCGGAGCAAUUUCCCUUCAAAUGGUCUGGCCCCUGUCACACAGUAUUCUUAAUCCAUUGUCAUAUAUGCAGCUUUUUAGUUACUUUUUUCUUAUCUUUUAGAAUCCUAGUUCAGUUGGAGAAAUCUUGUUAUAAGUCAAUCCUAGUGGACCUUUGCGAGUUUACUUCAGUUUCAUGCUUUGUUUUUUCAUUUGUUUGCAAGGAUGGAGAACAUUUUGUCUCUUGUGUAUCUUACUUUCUGCCAGAACAAAUUCAUACUUUGUGUUUGAAACUCGAGUUUAACAUGCUAAUGAAGUUAGGUGCAUUUGAUGUUUGU